AUGUUAAAGUCGAAAGAAAGUAAAGAAGCUGAGAUAUUCGAAUGUUUAAGUAGAGAUGACUCUUUCACUUUUAAUGAUAUGGAGAAUUUGGGUCCAUGGCAUAAAUAUGGAGGUAGCAUACAUUAAGAACUUUAAAGAAUAUCCUCAUUGAAAUUAGGCAAAUCAGUCUCUGAACAUCAAUCAGAUAAGAUAAUAGGGUCCAAUAUGUAAAUUGCUUAAAUGCAAUCGGGGAGAAGGUUUUCUUAAGAAAUUAUAAAGUAAACCUAAUUGCCACUCGAUGAAAAAAUAGUGAAAUCUGCAUCAAUCCACUAAGAAUCUAGAAGCAGAACACAAUUAUUCAAAUAACUCAGGUCACCUAAACCAAAAGAGAAUUCUUUAAUCACAACUAAACAAGAGGAAACUCAAACUAACCAUAUUAAAUAGGAGAAAACUAAUGUUGGUUUUUUUGUCCAAUGCUACCCUAAUAGAAACAAAUUUGAAAGAUCAAAAUUGUCUAAUUUUCAAUCUUCCAAAGAAUACUUCGAAAAAAUAACUUUGAAAAUGAUGUAUGGUCUUAAUAGAAUGUAAAAUGAUGAAACUACCUAAAAUACUAAUUUAAAUCAACAAUUUAUUAGGCAAUAAGAAUAGCAAGAAAGAACUUCGCAAACAAGAAAGGCUCCUAAGACAGUAAGCAGAAACUAUUUUUAUAAAAAAGAACUCAAAUUUCAUAGCUCCAAUACAUCUCAAAUAAACCUAAACAAAUCAAUCAAUAAUUCUAUCAAUUCCUUAUUGAAUCAACCAUAGAAUAUUCCAAAAUCGAGAAUCCCAUUUAAUAAAAUUAUAAAUAAAAAAACUGUUAUUUCUUUUGCAUCCCAUAAUCAACUAUUGGAAAAGCAGUAUUAACAAUCAUAAAUUCAAAAUAACAAGGUUUAAAGAAUGGUAAGCAGUUGA